GCUUCUUGGAGUUCUCCAGAGAAGGAGAUCUUCUUAUAGGAGGGAUUUUUUCCAUGUCAAGCACUCGAAAACUAAAUGAUAACGAGUACAAGGCUGUCCCAUAUUCCUACUGCACAAAGUGGAAUGACAGAGAACUGAAGUUUGUCCGCACUAUGAUGUUCACGGUGGAGGAGAUCAACAGGAAUCCGCAGCUCCUUCCAGGAAUCAGUCUGGGUUAUCGGAUCUACAACGGCUGCGGGAGUGAGAAUCUGAUACGAGCGGCGAUAGAAGCUGUAAGCCGAGAGGAGUCAGUGUGCAGUGGUCGGAUACAAGCCCUUCUUGGCCACUCAUCAUCCGGAGUAAGCAAAGAUAUCAACCUCCUUCUGAGCCCGUUGUCCAUUCCACAGGUCAGCCAUCUUUCAACAUGUGCGUGUUUGUCAGAUAAGAAUCUGUACCCCACCUUCUUCAGAACCGUGCCCAGCGAUCGCUUUCAGGUACUGGGUCUGGUGCAGCUCAUGAAGUAUUUUGACUGGCGCUGGGUGGGGAUUAUUUAUUCAUCAACUUUGUAUGCCGACAAGGGCACGUCUGAAUUUAUUGAGGAAGCAAUGAAGGAGGGAAUAUGUGUUGAAUAUCGACUACUUUACAUGAAGACAGAAAAUCAGAAGGCCAUCGUAAAGAUCCUGAGGGAAUCGUCAUCCAAAGUGGUUCUGCUGUUCAUGUCUUUAUCUUACACCAAGUCCUUUCUAUCAAAAAUGGAAAGCUACAACAUAAAUGGGAAGCAUUGGGUUGGCAGCGAAUCAUGGAUCACACAACAGGACCUUGCUUCCCUGGAGAGGAGGAACAUUCUCCACGGGGCGAUGGGCUUUGCACUCCCAGACGCAUCCAUUCCCGGGUUGGGCGAAUUCUUAUUGGAUCUGAAACCAUCCGAUGAGCCUGACAAUGGUACUGUCAAGGCUUUCUGGGAGAAAUUCUUUGACUGCAGUUUCUCGCCUACCAACGCCUCAAACCUGUGCACUGGUGCAGAGGACCUGAAGGCUGUCUCCAAUGACUACACGGACGCGACCAACCUCAGGGCAGAGAAUAAUGUGUACAAAGCUGUUUACUUGGUGGCAAAUGCGCUUCAUUCAUUGUUGCAGUGUGAAAAUGGUGUCAAUCCCACCACAGGAAAUUCCUGCGUAAACAAGAGUGACGUCCAGCCGAGGAUGGUUUUGCGGCACAUUCAAUAUGUAAAUUUUACAACAAAGAAUGGUGGCAAGGUAUUGUUCGAUGACAAUGGCGACUCUGUGGCCCAGUAUGACUUGGUCAACUGGCACAUAAAUGACGACGGCUCAGUUGAGAUCCUGAACAUUGGCCAGUAUGACACGUCUUUUCCAGAGGGUAAAAAGCUCAAACUGAGAGACGAUGCCAACAUAGUUUGGGGUGGAAACAGCACAGAGGUGCCACGGUCUGUGUGCAUGGAACCAUGUCCACCGGGGACCCGCAAGGCCUCAAACAAAAACAAGCCCGUGUGCUGCUUUGAUUGCUUUGAGUGUCCCGAGGGAACAAUAAGUAAUCAGACAGACUCUCCUGACUGUUUAGCAUGUUCACCGGAAUUCUGGCCCAAUGCCAAAAAAGACCGCUGCCUUCCAAAACCCACUGAGUUCCUUUCAUAUAAGGAUAUCAUGGGUGCUCUUUUAACGGCAUUCAGUUGUGUUGGUGUGUUUUUUUCUUUUCUGACUUUCCUCAUAUUUCUGACCCACAAAGAGACUCCCAUCGUCAGGGCCAACAACUCAGAGCUAAGUUUCCUGCUGCUCAUCUCCUUAAAACUAUGCUUCCUAUGCUCUCUGACCUUUAUUGGCCGGCCAACUGAGUGGUCCUGUAUGCUACGCCACACAGCUUUUGGUGUCACCUUUGUGCUCUGCAUCUCCUGUGUUCUGGGAAAAACUGUAGUGGUGUUGAUGGCUUUCCGAGCCACAUUUCCUGGCAAAAAUAUUAAACUGUUCGGGCAUGCCCAGCAGAGGCUCAGUGUUCUGGCUCUCACUCUAGUUCAGGUUCUGUUCUGUAUCAUUUGGCUGUGUACAAAUCCGCCGUUCCCUGCCAUGAAUCUGAAAUACUACAAGGAGAAGAUAAUCCUUGAAUGCGCAGUGGGUUCAGCUGUUGGGUUCUGGGGUGUAUUGGGUUACAUAGGACUUCUUGCCCUUUUGUGUUUUAUUCUUGCUUUUCUGGCCAGGAACUUACCAGACAGUUUUAACGAAGCCAAACUGAUCACCUUCAGCAUGUUAAUAUUUUGCGCGGUGUGGAUUUCGUUCAUCCCAGCAUAUGUCAGUUCCCCUGGCAAAUUCACAGUUGCCGUGGAGAUUUUUGCCAUUCUGGCCUCCAGUUUUGGAUUACUGGUUUGUAUAUUUGUUCCAAAGUGCUACAUCAUCAUCUUCAGGCCGGAGAAAAACUGCAGAAAGCAUCUCAUGGGAAAAAUACCUUCAAGAACCCUUUAA